ACACAUACAUAUCACACGUACACUGUAACACGCUCUCACUCGCGCAUAACACACGCUCAAACACACAAGGAGCUCGGAACAACUGCGGAAACAUGGAUGAAGACGUGAAGAAAGGGAGAAAGGGCUUCGUGUCUCCCAUUAAGAGGCUGGUGUUCCCCAAAGCCGACAAGAGCAGGAGGCACCGGGAGAGGAAUAAGGUGUACAGGAGACCUCUGCACUCCAUCCCCCUCUUCCCCCCUGAUUAUCCUAUAGAUCCCGAGAUCCUACUGCACGACUACCUGGAGAAAGAGGUCAAGUUUCUGGGCCAUUUGACAUUGGUGUCCUGUUCUUUAAAUCCAUCCAGCAAAGUGGACCUCCUACAGCUACUGGACACAGCAAGGCAACAGAAGCAGCUGCCGCUGCAAACGACCCCUGAGCAGGACACGAUCCUGAGCCUGUCUGCCCGCUGCCUCCUGCUCACCUGGAGGGACAACGAGGAGCUCAUCCUGCGUAUCCCCACCCACGAGAUCGCUGCCGUCUCCUACGUCCGUGACGAUGCCCUGCACCUGCUCGUGCUCAAAACCGGGCUGGGAAUAGUGGCUAUGGCGGCCGGGGGCAGCCUGGAACGCAGACAAACAGGAGCGACCACACCAGAUACCCAGGAGCCCAGCUCAGAAACCUCCUGUAACCUCGUCAUUCUCUCCGUGGACAGCAGGGACUCUGCUGAGGAAUACUGCUCCCUUAUCUGCCAGGUUUUCCGGGUCAUAUACGCCGAUCAGACCAUCGACUGUGUGGACCGAGCGGGUUUCCAUUACACCUCGACACCGGACAGACGCUGGUUAAUGGACAGAAGCGAUAGCCAACAAACGAAUGAAACCUACGGUUAUGAGGCAGACUUCAGUUCCUGCAGCUCUUUCAAUGGGUCGCAGGAGACCUUUGAGCCUUACUACAACGGCAGCUCAUCACCCUCAUACAGGGGCUCCCAGUACAGUCAAGGCACUGCCUGCAGUGGUAGCGAUCAGGGCAGCAUUGAAUCUGACCUGCUGCAGGAUUACAUGACCACAUUAAGAACAAAGUUAUCAGCACAAGAAAUUCAGCAGUUUGCUCUGCUUCUCCGUGAGUAUCGAAUUGGAGCUUCGGUGGAGGAUUACUGCUCAGAUCUUCUACGCCUCUACGGGGAGAAUCGAAAGUUCCUUCUUCUAGGAAUGCGGGCUUUCAUACCCGAUAAGGACGCCAGUUACUUUGAAAGUUUUCUGGAGACCAUCGGCAUUAAGGACGGGAGGGGGAUCCUGACGGACAGCUUCGGGCGGAUCAAACGCAGCAUGAGCAACACCUCAGCCUCCGCUGUCAGGAGUUAUGACAGCUGGUCGGGACCUUCGGAAUCCGACACCUUUGAGAGAAUGAUUUCGAACAUCACCCACGACAUCGAAGCUCUGGGCUGCGACGUGGAAGACGAUUUAUUGUGACCCUCUGAACAGGAUCCACCUCUUUACUUCCAUUUACUUCGAUCAAUUAUUUAAGGGUCUGUAUUGAAGGCGUUUCAUCAAGCGUUCUGAGACGCUAUCCUGCCUGAAGAGAGCUACAAGUUGUUGCUGG